UGUCUCACUGUGCAAUGAGAUCUGGAAUUCUUGUGAAAUGGAUUAUUGCUUUCUAUCUUUGUUGGCUGGAACAUGCAGCAGGUGAAUGUGGAGCAAAGGAUGAAGGUGAAUGUGAGCCAAAAGAUUGCAUGAAAUUAAACGAUACUGUGGAUGCAGUGGGGAUACUUGGAAUGAAAAUAUUGGCUGAAAUGAGCAAAAGAUCUGAUAAUAAUAUAGCUUUUUCUCCAUUAAUUAUUGCCUCCGCAAUGGCAAUGAUGUAUGCAGGGGCAGCGGGAGAAACUGAAAAACAAAUGAAAAAAGUUUUAAAAAUAUCAAAAGAUUAUAAGAACGAGUAUAACGCCCUAUUAGGAUCUUCUAGUUCUAGGCAGGGUGUAACUUUAAAUGUUGCAAAUUCUGUCUUUACUGAGAAAUGUAUUAAAAUUGAGGAUGAUUUUGAAUCGGAUGUAGAAUGUUAUUUUAAGGGAAAAGUUAUAGACGCAGAUUUCAAAGAGAAUCCGAAAAAUGAAACUAAAAUAAUAAACAGUUGGAUAAAGGAGAAAACUAAUGGAACAAUAAAGGAUCUUCUGUCACGAAAUAAGAUUACUACAAAUAGUAGUAUGGCGCUUAUUAAUGCGAUCUACUUCCAAGGAGACGAAGUCUCAAUGUACAUAGUAUUUCCGAAGCUGAAGGGAGACACUCCACUAAAAACCUACAUGGAAUCAGUGAUGGAGAAUAAAAAGGAAUUCCUGGAUCAACUAGACUAUACCAAGAUGACAAUUCAAAUGAUAAGGCUUCUUUUGCCAAAAUUUAAAAUCGAGGCUUCUGUUCCACUUAGAGCUGUUUUCAAAAAGAUAGGAAUGAACCUGGCCUUUAAAGAAAAGAAAGCAGAGUUUACUAAUCUUGCCAAAACUGAUGAUGUUUUCAUUUCGAAUGCAGUGCAUAAAGCUUAUAUCGAGGUAAAUGAAACUAGAACCGAUAAAGCACCUAAAAAUUCUAGUGAUAUUUUUGCUAUAAAAGUGAACAGACCAUUUAUGUUCUUCAUCAAGGAUGAGAUGACAGGAGUAAUUCUAUUGCAAGGAGCUGUACGAGAUCCAAAAAUAAAAAUUGUUUAAUGAUGUAAAAAUGGCUUUCUAUUUAAAAAUAUAUAUUAAAAAUGUGAA